AUGCCAAGCGCUUCUCUCCUGUCUUCAUUUCCCUCUUCUGCCGGCGCCGUUCGCUGCCUACUCUUCGCAUUCGCGGCUUCACCCGUACCUUUAUUUGUUUAUCCCCGUUUCUUUUUCUGGCUCGCUCUCUUCGCUCGCUUUUGUGGACAAAAGGCGGGCCCCGCGGGGAUAGAGCGCGCGCGGUAUGGCGUGGGAGGGGAGCGGGAGGCGGAGCUGGCGCAGCGCGUGGAGGAGCUCACGCGGGAGUUGGAGGCGGAGCGACAAGAGGCGGAGCGCGCGAGGCGGUUCCACGAAGAUGAGCUGACGAUGCUGUUGGCGUCGAAUAAAGACAAAGAAGCCGUCUGGACGAGAAAAGUACAGCCUCCUUCCUGCCCCAACCCCCCGCCUUCCUCCACGCCCGCACCGCUCCCGCUCUCCCUGGCGGAAGCCUUCGCGGAGGAGCAGCGCGUGGUGCGGGAGGAGGCGGACGCGCGCGUGCGCGCGCAGGAGGCGGAGGUGGAGAUGCUGCAGGCGCGCAUAGAGGACAUGGCGGAGCAGGCGGAGGAGGACGAGGAGGAAAUGGCGGCGCUCGAAGAGGACCUUGCGCGCGCCAUCAAGCGCGUCGAGGAGCUGGGGCUGCGCUCCGCCGCCAUGACAAUAGAGAUGGAGCAGGUGCAGGAGGAGUUGCGGCGGGAGCGCGAGCUGUUGCGCAGCACGGAGACGGUGGCGGAGGCGGAGUGGCUGAGGCGCGUGGCGGCGGAGCGCGCGAACGCCGCCCUGCAGCGCGACGUGGAGCGCGCGCAGCUCGACGCGGACGAGCUCUGGAGCGCGCUCGAGGCGUUCCGCGCGGAGGGCGCGGGCGUGGCGGAGCAGCUGCGUGAACAGAUGGAGGCUGCGGUGCGCGAGGCGGCGGAGCGCGAGCGCGCGCACCACGCGGCCAUGGCGCGGGUGGACGAGGAGGUGGAGCGGCUGGCGGAAGAGGCGGAGGCGGCGGCGGAACGCGAGGAGCUGGCGGCGCAGCUGAUCGACCGCCUGAAGGACCACAACGCGCUGCUUGCGCGCCAGCUCGCCGCCAUGGCCAAGCGCGCGGGCGCGGGCGCGGGGGGAGCCGCGCACGCAGUGGGGGAGAGCGGGACGGAGGCGGAGGAGGAUAACUUCGCGUUUGAGGCGAGCGGGAAGGCAGCGCGGGGGGGGCAAGGGGUGGAAGGGAGCGGGGAGGGGGAGAGGGAGGGGGAGAGUUUGGGGGAGAGUGGGGACGCGGAAAGUGUUAGCCAGUCAUAUGAGGAGGGGGAGGCGUCUCCCCUUCUCCAGGCGCAGACGCGCAGGCAGGGCGGGGGACUGAAUAAUUUUGAAACGGGCAGCAUGGCGGGCAGCAGUGUAACGGGUAGUAGCGUCCUGGGCAGCACUAUAGGCGGGCAGCGGACAGGUUGGCAGGGCCCUGGGGAAGGCGCGGGGAAAAUGGGCGCAGAUUACCGGGUAGCAGGGGGGAACGAGCGCAUGGGUGGCGCGUAUGGGCUGGCAGGGGGGGGGAUUGAGGGGGAGAGCCCUAGCGGGUUAGCAGGCACGUCCCCCACACUCACGUUCACUCCCCCCCCGCAGCACUCCCCCCUGCACCACCAGUACACAUACCAGCAACAACCGUCGCGCAUGGCAGGGGGAAACGAGGAAGACGAGGAGGAUGAGGAGGACGAGCUGGGGGAGGAGGGCGCGGAGGAAGAGGAAGAGGAGGGGUUGGCGACCGACUCGGAGUUUUCCUUCUCAGUGCCCGUCCCUCGCAGCGGCGCGUGGCGGGCGGCUAAGGAAAUCGCUUCCCUCUACUACACAGCGGGAGGUGCAGGAGACGAGGAUCUGGAGAGAGAAGAGGAGGAGGCGGAGUUCGCUUUGUUGCAGGAGGAGAAUGAGCGGUUGGCAGAGGAGGUAGCGCGGCUGCAGGAGCAGGUGGGGAAGUCGCGGAAGCUCGUGGGGAAUUACGAGAAGAUGCGGAGACGGAUCAUGCAGCUGAGAGUCACUAGUGAAGCCGUUGGGAGUAGAACGCAGGGUGGUGUGGGGAGAGGCGAGGAGGAGGGGCAGAGUGACGAGGAGGAGUUGAAGGAGGAAGGCGACGAGAUUGCAGAGAUGGCGGGGAGGAAGCAGCGGGGGAGCACGAAGCGGAGAGGGAGAGGGGAGAGAGGGGAUAGAGGCGAGUCGUGUGCAUCCUCCACCACCGAUCGCUCCGACAGCCAUCUGCUUCUCUCAGGCGCCACUCCUAUAGCUAGCAGCGGAGCCCUGCAGGCGAAUCGGGCAGCAGUCGGACUCAAAGAACUCCAGGCGAACCGGGACGCGCUGCGAAUCGCCAUGCGGGUGGUGAGAGAGCGAGCAGCUCUGGCUGCAGAGGCGCAGCAGAGGGCAGCGGGGAGCCAGGGGCGGAGAGGGAAGGCGGGGAGGAAGGCGGAGGCGGGGGCUGUGGGGGAGAUGCUUGCAGAGGUAGAGGAGGAGGUGGUUGAGGGGCAGAGUCUGGUGGAGCGGGCUGAGAGGAUUGUUGCGAGAAUGGCUGCGUUGGAGAGUAAGGGGGCGGGGGUGGGGAAGAAGAUGGAGGGGAAGAGGAAGAGACUGGCUGAGCUGGAGGCGAGGCUGGGGUUGGCUCCUAGAAGAGUCGCGGAUCUGCUUUGCGCAAUCCAAGCGCCUGCGACCGCCUUCUCUUCCGCCAGUCAGCGCAUCGACUCCGCUCCGCCGCAGCAUCUGCCGGCUGACCCCGCUAGCGCCACCCCAGCGGAGGGAUCGGACGGCGCACGCAGCGCUCCGCCUGCCGCGUGCGAAAGCGGCGACGAGGAGGACGACCCGAUUUUAGCGCGGCGCGAGGCGGAUCGCGCGCCGGACAGGGCGCGGAACGCACCCGACGGGGAGCCGAUACGAUCAGACGCAGAUGGCGGCGGGGAAGCGGCGAACGCUGUGGAUGGCGGGCGUAAGCAGCGUCCUCCGCCCGAGUCUGUGGGGGAAUAUGGAGGGCCGAGCGGUCCCGAGCCGACGAGAUACGGGGACUGGGAGAAGGGUGGCAGAUGCAUCGACUUCUAG